CGCCGGUCGCGGCGGGCGGGCGCCAUGGCGGUGCACGGGGUGCCGUGCCUGGCCUGGUGCCUCCGCCGAGUCGGGGCCAGCGGCGACUGGCUCCUGCUGGAGGCCGGCACGCAGGUGACUAUUGGCCGAGGAUUAGAUAUCACGUACCAGCUGGUGUCAAAAACCUGUCCCCUGAUGAUCUCUCGUAAGCACUGUGUCUUCCAGCAGAAUGCAGAAGGGCAGUGGACUGUCAGGGAUAACAAGAGUCUAAAUGGAGUUUGGCUUAAUAAACAGCGCCUGGAUCCAUCAAAAGUCUAUCCUAUUGCUGAAGGAGACCGUAUCGAGUUGGGAGUGCCUUUGGAAAACAGAGAGACUGCUGAAUACGAGUAUGAAGUGAUUAAAGAUGAAUGGGAGAAAAUUAGACCCUUUUUAGCCCAGAGAAGUGACCUGGGGAAAGCUAAGAGUUCAAGACCUAAACGUAAAUUUAGUUUGGAGGAAUUGGAGACAUGUGAAUCAGAAGGCCCUUCAAACUCCAGAUGCAAAAGAGACAGAAUGUCCUGUGGCAAUGAACCUUUAGAUAAAUCAUGGGGACAGGCAGAAGAGGCCAAACGGCUAACAGAGAAGAUGGAUGUCAAGCUGCCUUCUCCUGGGCCCAGUGAGGGGGACGGUGCUCCAGUGCAUGGUAGCCCUCUGCACUCCAAAGCUGUGACUGUCCCCCAGCAGGACCAGAAAGGCUCCGGUCUUGUAGAGUCAUGGACUGGCUUGAAAAAGCUGAGGAAAUCUCUAGAAGAUACAAUGAAAUUAAAGGUUAAAGUGCAGGAGAAGCAGACUGCAGUUCUAAAUGUCAAGCAGAAGCACAGGAAAUGUGAUCAGAAGGAGAUCCUAGUAAUGGAACAGGAGCUGCAGGAGUUGCAGAACCAACUCUGCAUGGAGCAAGAGCAUCAGCAGCAGCAGGUGGAAGAGCUGGAGAGGACAUUCUGUAAAGAGCAGCAGAAGCUAGAGGGAGAAAAAUGUCAACAAGGCGAAGAGAAUCUGAAGGAGCAGCUAGCCCAGGUCCUGCAAGAGCAUCGUGCUUUGAUGGAAGAACUGAAUCGUAAUAAAAAAGAUUUUGAGGAGAUAAUUCGAGCCAAGAAUAAAGAACUGGAAGAAACCAAGGAGGAGAAGGAAAAGGUGAGAGCCCAAAAAGAAGAGGUGUUGAAUCAGAUGAAUGAUGUGUUGGAGAAUGAGUUGCAGUGCACAAUCUGUUCUGAGCACUUUAUCGAGGCAGUGACUCUGAACUGUGCACACAGCUUCUGCUCCUACUGCAUCAAUGAGUGGACAAAACGUAAAGUGGAGUGCCCUAUCUGCAGGCAGGAGAUCAAAUCACAGACACGCUCUCUGGUGCUGGACAACUGCAUUAACAGGAUGGUAGAAAAACUGGAUGUGGAAAUGAAAGAGCAUCGCCUGAGCCUUAUCAGAGAGCGGAAAGAGAAACAGAAUGUGAUGGUGAAGCCAGCCACAGGCAGUGACAACGGUGUCCCUUCUACCACCUACUCCAUCUCGUCAAUGAACAGUUGUGACAGUGAGGACUCUGAGGAGGAUUCUUCCUAUAGUGAAAGCUACUAUGUUAUCUGAACAUUGUUACUGCAGACUCAUUGUCCCUGUGCUGCCUCGAACCAGCCUAAUGGUGUUUGGUUGACUGCUGCUGGAGGAGUGGACUGGGCACCUGGAAGGACCUGUGAAGAGGCUGGAGCUGUAAACUAGCAGCAUUUGGAAGAAGGAUCUUGUUUUCCAAAUGAAUGCACAGAAGCUUGAUCUCUAAAACAAAAUUGGGUUUGUGAGAGAACAGACUGGCAUUAUGCUGUCUAAUUGAAUUACAAACCCUAAACUUCCACUUUAGCUUGUGACCUGCUCAGUGUAAUGAAAGAGUUUGUAUUGAAUCAUUGCCCUUUCCUUAAUGAAUUACAUGUUUACAUCAGCAUCCCUUAUUUCAGGCAGCAGAGGGAAUGUCCCAAGCCUUUUGAGAACUUGGCCAUCCCCACCAGCAGGCAGG